ACGAGCCGGGCGGCGGCGGAGCCGGGGCUGGGAUCAGGAUCGGGAUCAGAAUCAGGAUGGAGCGGGCGGCGGUGCCGGGACCCGGGGCCGGUUCGGCGCUGGCCGCCUCGCUGGCCGAGGGGCUCAUCAAGUCGCCGCGGCCGCUGAUGAAGAAGCAGGCGGUGAAGCGGCACCACCACAAGCACAACCUCAAGCACCGCUACGAGUUCCUGGAGACGCUGGGGAAAGGCACCUACGGGAAGGUGAAGAAAGCCCGGGAGCGCUCCGGGAAGCUGGUGGCCAUCAAGUCCAUCCGGAAGGACAAAAUCAAGGAUGAGCAGGACCUUGUCCACAUCCGGAGGGAGAUUGAGAUCAUGUCCUCCCUCAACCACCCCCACAUCAUCGCUGUGCACGAAGUGUUUGAGAACAGCAGCAAGAUCGUCAUCGUGAUGGAAUACGCCAGCAAGGGCGACCUGUACGACUACAUCAGCGAGCGGCAGCGGCUCACGGAGCACGAGGCGCGGCACUUCUUCCGCCAGGUCGUGUCCGCCGUCUACUACUGCCACAAGAAUGGGAUCGUCCACAGGGACCUGAAGCUGGAGAACAUCCUGCUCGAUGCCAACGGCAACAUCAAGAUUGCAGAUUUUGGGCUGUCCAACGUUUACCAGCAGGACAAACUUCUGCAGACCUACUGUGGGAGCCCCCUGUAUGCAUCCCCCGAAAUCAUCAACGGGAGGCCCUACAAGGGCCCGGAGGUGGACAGCUGGUCCCUGGGCGUGCUCCUCUACAUCCUGGUCCACGGCACGAUGCCCUUCGACGGCCACGACUACAAGACUCUGGUCAAGCAGAUCACGAGUGGGGACUACCGGGAGCCCACCAAGCUGUCAGACGCCUGCGGGCUGAUCCGCUGGAUGCUGAUGGUGAACCCCGAGCGCCGCGCCACCAUCGAGGACAUCGCCACGCACUGGUGGGUCAACUGGGGCUACAAGGUGCCCGUCGGGGAGCAAGAGCUGCUGAGGGACGGCGAGUCCCCCCUGGCCACGGUGGCGGAGUGGCUGCGCCGCUCGUCCCGGCCCCUGCUGGAGAACGGCUCCAAGGUGCGCUGCUUCCUCAAGCAGCACAUCCCCGGCGUGACCCUGGAGCGCCAGCGCUCCCUCAAGAAGUCCAAGAAGGAGAACGACGUCUCCCACGCGCUGCAGGAGGUGCCCGUGGCCCCGGAGAACCCCUCCAAGUCCAUCCUCAAGCGGCCCAAGGGCAUCCUGAAGAAGAGGAACUCCUGCGAGCAGAAGGUGCCCAGCCCCGGGCCCCCGCCAGCAUCGCCCGCGGGAGAGGCGAAAGGGGAGGACGGGGAGGGGGUCGCCGCGGGUCUCACCCGGAUCCUGUCCUCUGGAAUGCUGCCCUGCAGCACGGGCAUCGCAGCAGUGCCCAAGAAGGGAAUACUGAAAAAGCCGCCGACGAGGGAGUCGGGGUAUUACUCGUCCCUGGAGUGCUGCGAGUCCGGGGAUGUGCUGGACGCCGGGAGCUUGGACCUGGACGGCAACGUGUUUGCCGACAGCCCCUCCCCGGGGCAGGGCCCGCAGGGUCUCCCCGCCCGCCGCAAAGGCAUCCUCAAGCACAACGGCAAGUUCUCCUCGAGCAGCUCCGAGCCCGAGAGCCCCCCCGGGCAGGGCUUCGGGGGCUUCAGCGAGGUGCCCCUGCCCCAGGCGCCCCGAGCCCGCCCGUCCAGCGCCGUCAGCGAGGACAGCAUCCUGUCCACCGAGUCCUUCGACCAGCUGGACCUGCCCGCCCGGGCCCCCCCCGGCGCCGGGGGCAUGCGGGGCUGCGUCUCCGCCGACAGCCUGCUCCGGCUGGGGGAGGAGGAGGAGCUGGAGGAAGGGCGGAGGCUGCGCCGCUGGACUGUGACCCACUGCCGGAGCCCCCUGGCAGAGAGCAGCCUGUCCCUGGCGGGCUGUGACCGUGUCCCCGAGGGGUUCCGCUGCGCCGUGGCCGUGGGAGGGAAGCUGAGCUGAGGGUCCCCCCCGGGGGUGCUGCGUUCUGGGGGAGGGGGGCCGAGCCCUCCCUGCCCCGGGGCUGCUGGUGCUGCUGACCCACGUCCCCACGUAUUUAUUUGGCAGCCUCGUGCCCCUCGGUGCCCCAGGGCCGGGACAUUCAAGGGACCAAAGCUCCGAGUGCCCCCCGUGGAGGGGCUGGGGAUGCCCCUCGCCGCCGUCCUCCCCUCGCAAACGGGCUCAUCUCAUCUCGAACCAGGGGGUUUGGGGGAUUUGUUUUCUUCUUUGCACUGGUUUUUUUUUUUUUUUUUGGCUGCACAAGGUCACGGGUGGGGCGGGUGAUAUACCUCAAACGAGCUGGAGAUGUAGCAGGGUGCUGGCGAGGGGCUCCAAGGUGCUGCCCGUGGGCUGGGCUCUCGGGACGUGCUGGCAACAGGGGAGCCAAACCGCCCAGGCCACGGCUCUUCCCUCUCCUGUGCUGGGAAACACAACUGGAUCUGGCCAAAACCCCAGGCUGAGGCAACGCUCUGAUGCCAACAUCUAUUAUUGGAAUGCUGAGGAAAAAAAGAAAAAAGAAAAAAAAAAAGGUGCCUUUGGUGAGGCACCGUGACUUUAUUUAUUGCCUUUGUCCAACUGAUGGAAAGUGUCAGCAGCACGGGCUGUGUCUGGCUCCAGCACGGCCUCCCAGGGCUGUUUUUUGGGAGCUGUCUGUGUCCUUGUCUCACCAGGCUCCGUUGCACUAUUGCCAUGUGUCUGCUGGCCCUUCUCCCUUCUCCAGGGCGUGUGUGUGUUUUCCCUCCUUCCUGCAACUGUGGUCUGGAGAAAAACCAUUAAAUUAAAAGCAAGUGGUAAAUGUGA